AUGGAAGAUAAUAAUCGAUUAGAAGAUUUUUUUAGUGAAAUUGUUAAAGAAGUGUGUAAUCUGUAUAAUGAAGAAAGAUCCAAAGGUAAAAGUUCAAAACAAAUUCUUGACAUGUUGGAUAUAUUUAUAGCAAAGAAAAAUCAAGAUUCAAAAGAUAUCAUAAAUUGGUGCUUGAAUGAUAAAAUAAAUCCUACAGUUCAAAAUAUCAAUGACUUCUACACAGACAUGUUCACUGGAAGCAAAAUUAUUCCUUAUACUAAAACUAUUUUAAAAGAUUAUCCCGAUAGCGAAUUACAAGAUUUGACAAUUAGUGAUGCUUCGAAUGAUAAUUAA